AUGGCUGAAGUCGGGGAGGACAGUAGCGGGGCCCGGGCCCUGCUGGCGCUGCGCUCGGCGCCCUGCAGCCCGGCCGCGGCGCCCCCUCCCGGGCCGGCGCUGCCGGGCCCCGCCGCCGCCGCCCCGCCGGGCCCGGCCCUGGCCCGCCUGCAGGGCCGCGAGUUCGAGUUCCUCAUGCGGCAGGCGGCGGUCACCAUAGGCCGCAACUCCUCGCAGGGCUCGGUGGACGUGAACAUGGGGCACUCGAGCUUCAUCUCCCGGCGCCACCUGCAGCUCAGCUUCCAGGAGCCGCACUUCUACCUGCGCUGCCUCGGCAAGAACGGCGUCUUCGUGGACGGGGCCUUCCAGCGGCGGGGCGGCCCGGCCCUGCAGCUCCCCCCGCAGUGUACUUUCCGAUUCCCUAGCACAGUCAUAAAGAUCCAAUUCACAUCUUUAUACCAUAAAGAGGAAGUGAAGGAGGAAGCUUCAUCACCUCCCCUUCGGCCGCUUUAUCCUCAGAUAUCACCUCUGAAGAUACACAUUCCGGAGCCGGAUCUCCGGAGCUUGGUCAGCCCCCUGCCCUCCCCCACUGGCACUAUCAGUGUUCCCAACUCCUGCCCGGCCAGUCCACGUGGUGCUGGAUCCUCAGGAUAUCGCUUUGUUCAGAACAUUACCUCGGACCUGCAGCUGGCAGCAGAGUACGCAGCGAAAGCAGCAUCAGAGCAGCAGGCAGACGCAUCUGGCGGGGACAGCCCAAAGGAUGAGUCCAAACCACCAUAUUCCUAUGCUCAAUUAAUUGUGCAGGCCAUAUCUUCAGCCCAAGACAGGCAAUUAACACUAAGUGGGAUCUAUGCCCACAUCACCAAGCAUUAUCCAUAUUACAGGACUGCUGACAAAGGCUGGCAGAACUCCAUUCGGCACAACCUCUCCUUGAACCGUUACUUUAUCAAAGUUCCACGCUCCCAGGAGGAGCCCGGAAAGGGCUCCUUUUGGCGAAUCGACCCGGCCUCAGAAGCCAAGCUAGUUGAACAGGCAUUCCGAAAAAGGAGACAGAGGGGGGUGUCCUGUUUUCGAACACCCUUUGGGCCCCUCUCCUCCAGGAGUGCCCCUGCCUCUCCUACUCAUCCCGGCCUGCUGUCCCCUCACUCUAGUGGCCUACAGACUCCAGAGUGCCUGUCCAGGGAGGGCUCACCCAUUCCACAUGAACAUGAUUUUGCAUCAAAGUUAGCCUCUGUUCCAGAGUAUCGAUAUUCACAAAGUGCGCCUGGAUCACCUGUCAGUGCCCAGCCGGUGAUCAUGGCUGUUCCUCCCCGACCAUCCACCCUAGUGGCAAAGCCGGUAGCUUACAUGCCAAUAGUGACUUCACAGCAGCCUUCUGGUCAUGCAAUCCAUGUAGUGCAGCAAGCUCCCACUGUUACAAUGGUCAGGGUUGUAACCUCCUCCUCAAGCUCCGCUAAUGGAUACAUACUGACAAAUCCAGGCCCAGCAGGCGGUGCUCAUGAAGCAGCAGGAACAGUGUUGGAUUUGGCUGGUGAUCAUCGAGGCAUGGAUGAGAAACCAACAAUUGCCUUUGCCACAAUACCCACUGCCAGUCGAGUCAUCCAAACAGUUGCCAGUCAGAUGGCUCAAGGUGUCCCAGGGCAAACUGUUACCAUCCUUCAGCAGGCAACUCCAGUGACCAUUGGACAACACCAACUACCUGUUCGGGCAGUGACACAAAAUGGGAAGCAUGCCAUCCCCACCAACAGCAUCACUGGCAGUGCUUAUGCUCUCACAAAUCCGCUACAGCUCCUUGCAGCCCAGGCUAGCUCAUCCACUCCCGUUGUGGUCAGCCGGAUAUGCGAGGCAGCGACUGAAGACCCUGCAGCACCCUCGGGUGAGCCAGAUGUAAAAAAACCCCGGAUGGAAGAGUCCAGCGGAGCAGUCCAGGCUCAAACUGGAGUCAUCACAUCCACAGCGCCGCAAGGACAGGCAACCAGUGAAUGACGAAUCGGUGGGAGGAUAGUAGGAAUGUAGGUGGGGCAGCGGCAUGAGCCUCGAAAGCAGUUUUCAAAGAGAAGAAAAACCACAACUGUAACAACAGCUUGACAUUUAGAGAAUUACGAGCUCUUUUUAAAAUUGCAUUUUAAAGGGCAGGUCAACAACAGUUCUUAGAAUCUCGAGGUGCCAAAAAGAAUGAAAAAAAAAAAAUCCUCCCAACUACCUGUACCUGGAACUCAGUUCUGCCUUUACUUAUGGGAUAUUUUUCCUCUUUUUAGAUUUAAAAAAAAAAAAAAAUACAGACAACUGAUUGUAUGACUGCUGGGAUUUUUUUUUUUUUUUUUUUAAUCUCCCUCCCUUUGGGAUGGGAGUUACAGUUCAGCAUCUAAAGGAAUGUAUCACACACACAUCUGCUCUCUGGGAAGAAGGAUGAUCAUCUCUGAUGCCUUGCUAUUCUGCCUCUCGGAGCUUCAAAACACAUGACCAUUUAAAAGGGCCACCCAAGAAGAUUUAGAAGGAUGGGUGCAGCUUCUCGUAGGGACAGCAUUAAAGUAACAUGAUACCAAACUGGGGGGGGAGGCAGAUUUUUUUUUUUAAACCCACCCCUGCAAAACUUCCAUAUAUCCAUGUUUGUUUAUAUGGGGAUUUGGGAGGGGGAGCUACAGGGCUCAACCAGAUGGAUCUUCAAAAUGUGGUUUCUGUCCAUUCCCUUUGAGGGAAAGUGAGAAGAUGGACGAGCAGCAUUAAUCUAUUUCUUUUAAAGAAAAGAAAAAAACCAAAAAGGGGUGGGUUGUCCUCACACUGAUUUCUCACAGUUAUUCAUCAUCCGCUUCUGAAUUCACAGCAAAAUAUCAUAGUGACUGAACAUGUGAGAAAGGGCAUCUUUGAAAGGUUCUGUGUAUAUUUGGUUUUCUAGUUGUUCAUAUGUCCCCCUGCUUCUGGGGCAGUAUGGUUUAUUCAUAACAUCCUAGAAUGAAACUACCAUCACCUUUCCUGUGAACCCAAGGGGCAUGUGGUUAGCCUUCUGCAUCAGUGCUUGUGUCAGUCCUUUCUGGCAGUACGACCCUCUGGCUUGAAGACCAAAUGGCUUAAGGUCAACAGUCCAGCACCAGAUUGAAACUUGGAAGUGGAUUUCAGCAGGUGUCCCAUGGUGUGAAGCUGAGACAGUGAGGGUAAAUUUCAGGGGUGAGGGGCAGUGGGGAUUAAAGACAGUAUUUGAGAAUGAAUCUCAUAAACUAAUGCAAACCAAAAGAACAGAGGCCUCACACUUUCUACAUGAAAACUGGCAACUGCUGUUUUUAAAACAGGAUUUUGAGGUUUUCCUUUGCUCCCAGGCCCAUGCUCUCCCAAUGAUAUAGUUAGAUAAAGGACCAGGAGUCAAUUGCAUUUGGGACUGGCCAGUAGUCAAGAUAAUUUCCUUUUAAAUAUAUAUUUGUUUUAAUUCAGCAGUUGGAUAAAAUCAUGUUCUUUUCAUAAUGUUCUAAAAAGAUCAGUGCAGACCCAGUAUCCCUACAGAUUUCUGAGACGCCUGAAGCAGUUGGGGAGUAGAUGCUGUGCAGGAUCACCCUCUUUCAGCCUCCAGUUAAUCAGUUGUUAGUUUUUACAAUACAACCUUUUCUGCUAUCUUCUGUCUAAACACCAAAGACAUUUCUUAACUUAAAGAUCCUGAUAGCUUUGGAAAUGAGAAAAGUAAGCUAGCAACAAUGGAGCAUGUGUCUUCUUUCUAGGGAUCUGUCUGUCCUUUCUGCUUCCACUGAUGCAGUGCAGUGUUGUCAUCCUGCUGUUAAAUCCAAACUGACAAUGCUGUUAUGGAGCAGAGUGCAGUGAGCAGCAAGCUUAGUGUGGAACUUUUAAUGGGACGGAUUUCCCCAAGAUAGAGCAAAUGAGACCAUUCAUAUGCUGUACACGUGGCAGUUCACGGGUGUUAAGGAGCAAAGCAGAGCUGAUUCACUUCUUCUAGCAUCUUAGGGAGGAGACAAAUGUAGUAGUAAUGGCUAACUGCAGACAGGCGACACUACUUCUCUUCUAGGUUUCCUUUCUCUUUGCCAAGUCCCAUUCCCUGUGACUGAGAUCCACUUUCUGUAUGAAAGCUGAGCAAGUUUGGUUUUGCCUUGCAGAAACAAAUUUCUCGGUUUCCAAAAGAGGAGAAAAUUCCUGGGGGACAUGGUUUAGGGUUACACCUUUAGAGGAACAGACAGCCUUGAAGACAGCGACGCAUCUACAGCUUCACCAUUCUAAUUUAUCUGUACGUUGGUGGCAGUGAGUGGACAGGUUCUCUGGAUUUUAGUGCAUUGAAUUGAUUUCUGAAAUCUGGUGGCGGCUAUUGUAAUUUGCCUAAUAGUCGCAGUCGGCCAAUCAGCAACUUUGCACCAAUUCUUGGUGGCUAAGUCUGGGUUUUUGACAGUAGUCAGCUGAUGUAAUGGUUUGCUCAAAGCCAUGAUGCUAAGAGGAGACUAUUAGCCGAGAGUCAGAUAUAGGGCACAGUGAUGAGAAUGCAGCACAAUUUGUUUGUGCCCCUACAGCCAGUCAGUAACAUCAGGUGAGUGGUAUUCUGAAUUUCAUCAAACCCCCAGAAAGAACUAGGAGGCCGGGAAUCCUUUGUUUAAGGCAGGCUUUUUAAGUCUUGUAACAGGUCAGGUGAGCAAAUGCUGGAUGAGUGACAAAUGAAAAAUAUUGUUUGGGUUGCUUCUCCUUGAAAAUGUGCAUCAAUAGGACCAUACCAUAAGCUGCCUUAAAUCAUAGAUCCAUUGAAAUCAAUGGAGACUUGUAGACUUACAGCAGGUGAGUGUUUCCACAGAUCAGUUGCUGGGUUAUAGAUUAUAGAUUUUAAAGUGUACAUAUUUGCCCCUCCGGCAUUCAGGGCAGUGUAACGUUUUCCAGACUCUCCUUUGUGGCUCAGAACACCUGCUGGCCAAGUUGCUAGUUGAAGAUAAUUGAAUGUACUUAUCACCAGUUGCAAGUGGAACCAGUGAACCUGUAAAACCCCAGAAUCUUUAGUUUAUCCAAGUAGUGUUUUCUGCCUCAUCCCUCACCAGUCUGGUGCAUUCACCUUCCAUUCUAGGAAGCAGUCAUGCCACUUAUGAAUUAACCCUUCUUUGCCAGCCUUUUAGUUGGCACUUGGCUAGUGUUGGACCCACACUAGGAAAAAUAGCACUUCUUACCCCAAAUCCUGUAGAGCCUAUGGAAAAGUGUUCUCCUUCCUUAUUUGUAGCAGCUGAUAAGAGUAUUUAUACCUACUGUCGGGCCUCUCGGGUGGUUCUCUAGCAUGCUGCCAGUUCUAGAAAGCUGCUCAGCUAAAACACUGCAGUUACUAAGGAAAAUUCCUCUGCAGAAUUUCCUCUUAAAAAGGGCAAAUUGUAGAUAUUGGCAAUUGAAACAACCUAAUAUGUUAUCUAAUCCAUCCCUGCCAAGGCAAGAUUGUUGCAGAGCCAGAAGCAAGUUUUCUUCCCUGUUAUGUGCUUUUUCAACCCUUUAAAAGUAAAUAAGUAAAUAAAAAGGGAAACUUAAAUGCAUGAGUAAGAUACAUUUGUCCUGUUUACACACACUAAAAACUAAGUUUAGGAAAAUAUCCAGCUUUAUUAAAAUAAACCGUAUUGGAUUGGAAUCGCCAUCUAUUAAAAUCCAGUUUGUAAACAAACUUAAGAAAUCAAUAACAAAAAUAGGGAUGUGAUGGAAAUAAUGACUAUCUGUGUCUGCUGUUCAGUUAUUGGUGAUAAAGUUAUGCACCAUUCCAUGCUUGCAACUUCAUAGCUAUCAUUUCUAAAUGAAAUAUGUAUUGAUAACCUAAAUUCUUGUAGUGGUGAUCCUCUCUCUUGCUGUCUCUUCCCCUUCGUGCUGCUAAUCAUAGUCCACACUCAGCUGAUGGGGUACAACCAAUAUGGAGGUUGUGGUGUUCUUGGUUAUUGGAAUGCAGAACUUGGCCUGGAAAUGUUUGGUGAUGAGCUGGACUGAAUCCAUAUCUGAGUUUGAGGCUUGUUGACCCUUCUUUUCUAGUUGAAAGUGAUUUCAUUGGAGAGUAUUUUCCCUGCGCACUCCAGCUGAUGCUGUAUUGAAAACAACAGAUGUUCUCUCUUUUCUUUUAACAACCCCCCCUUUUUGGGCGGUUUGUUGCUAGUGACUGUCAGACCCAGGCCUAGUCCCAUGAAUUCUCCUACAUUUUCGCACCAAAUCUCUGUUGCUUUUCAGAUGACUGUGAUUACUGUGCUGUCCCUUGGCUUCAGCAGGCAUCCUUGGAGAUGGAAUCCAGUGCAACUCCAAGGUCAUUUGAAUUACAAGUUGCCAUUUCAUUGUCCCCCCCCAGUCUGUCUAUGUGAAGGUGCUCCUGCAUUCUGGCGUACUUGAAUGUGACCUCCCAUACGUGGGUUACCUUUGCAGAAUAAUAUUGAAUAUGUUUUAGUGAUUGACUUGAAACUAAGAAAAUGUUAUCCCCAAAGAAUUCCCAGGAAUCAUACAAAAAACUGUAUCUGCCUUUUAAACUCCCCUAUUUGAAAAUGGGAGCUACUAAUUUUUGUGUAAGGUUGCAACAUUAAAAAAAAUUAAAUGAAUUUUUCUGUUGAAACUUU